UGAAACAUUGACCCCUGCUGGACAAACGUCGUAAAUACAACCAGACUCUCAUGAAACGCCCACAACCCGUUCUUCGCUUCCUAUUGGUUUAAACGUUGGAAGGGCGACAUGUGAUUGGUCGCUUACUUUCCGAGCGGCCAAUCAGCUCCUCUGUUGAUGACUCUCACAGAGGUCAUAGUUCAAGGGAAUGUGGAGAUGACGUAUUGUUAGCUUCCAGCUGGGGCGCUAACAUCUGGAGAUGUUUAAUAUCAUAUAACAUGUGAAUGACACAGAUAUAUAACCUGACUUCCUGUUUCCGGUGGCGAUGCUGAACACGGUGAGGACGGUGUCGGUUCAGAAGCUGGGCCUCCUCUCCAUGAGGCCUCCCUGCUGUCUUCAGCCUCAGCAGACCUGGAGCAGGACGGUUCGCUGCCUCUCUGCUGGACCUCCACCUCCUUCUCCUCCUCCUCCUCCACCUCCUUCUUCUCCUCCUCCUUCUUCUCCUCCUUCUCCACCUCCUUCUUCUCCUCCUCCACCUCCUCCCGCACUUCCUGACCCCCUCGAGUGCUCCUCCGAACCAGGACCCAGCCACAGUCCCUCCGCUUGGACUCCUGACCAGGGCCCGCCCCCCCCUCCCACACACUGCUGCAUGAGCGGCUGUCAUAACUGCGUGUGGAUCGAGCACGCCGAGCAGCUGCUGGCGUUCUACCACGACGGAGGCGACCAGGCGCUCGCCGCCAUCGAGGAGAACGUCCUGGACGAGAACCUUAAAACCUACUUGAAGAUGGAGGUUAGACUCCUGAAGAAGACGUGAUGUUUUGAAUUGGUGUUGACAGACACUUCAUACUUUACACCCCAGUCUCUUAUUUUACCUCCACAUGUUACAGUUUGGAUCAUAACAUAUCAACUUAUCACGUAUGUUACACUGACGGCUUCUGUUUAUUGUGUGAAACACCGGAAGCUGCCACAAAAUGUAAUGAUGUUUUGUUUCCUGCACAAAUCAACUGAAAGCUUCAUUUAAACUUUAUUUAUUAUUGCUGAUUUGAAUAAUGACGAUAAACUGAAACUUUAAGAUGGAAUUUGACCUGAUUCUUUAAAUGUCAGAGUCAUUCUCGUUAGUGAAAGUGACUGAUUGGUGGAGUGUGUGUUCUCUAUAAGAGCCUCAUAAGAAAAUCCUGUUCAUUUCCAUAAGUGUCUCUGAUUCAUGAAUCUGAAUAAUUCACUGUCAUGUUCCUUUGGUCGUGAAACACAUGAUUUAUUUAUCAGUUUUUUGAUGUUUGAACUGAAGUGUUAAAAGUAUAUUUAUAUGCAUCUUAUGUAUAUAGAUCAUUAGCUUUAUUUAAUUUAAAUUAUGUGU